AUGCUCGGUCAGGGAGAGGUCGAGAAGCUCUGGGCCGGUGCGGACCUCCUGGUCGAAUGCACUUCGACCGAUGACGUGCACUAUGCCCCGGUGACCGACGAGAGUGGCUGGUCGGAGCUUCUGAGCGAGGUGCUGUCUCAGCACGUGCUCCUGCCGGCCUGCCUCAGGGAGAAGGUGAGCGGCUUCUUAGGCCUUAUCGUGCAGUUUCUGGAGGGGCAGACGCACAAUGAGCUCACAUCGGACUUAGACAGCCUCCUCGAUGGUGUAGACCUGAGUGCGGUGCUCCCGAGUUUUUCGGGGCAUCGCCCCGAAGAUUCGGUGGAGCACAAGAACACGGCUAUCAACGGCGGCCUGCUCAAGGACCUCCUGCCGCAUCUCAAGAGCCUUCAAACGGCGACCGAGGACCGUGCCAUGGAGACGGCCCGCAAUUUCCUGAGGUCCGAGUCCAUGAAAGGGGUUGUGAGGGUGCUCAGAAGGGCCUUCCGAUGCGUCGAUUCCGGGAUGCUAGUCCGUCUCCUCUCCGACGCCGUCGAAAAGCUGGACGUGGGUAGCGUCCCCGCCUUGAUCGCGUCCGUUCAGGCCUUACAGGAUGAUCCGAACAUGGUGCGGGGGGUCGCCAUGCUCACACGGACCGCGAACGUGCCCGCACUGCAGGCCCUGGUACAGGACGCGGCACAGCUCGUGGAUCCGAGCGUGAUGCAGAAGGUGAUCGGAGGGGGUACGGGUGGUAGCAACGUGCUGUCCAACCUUCUCAGCGCCAGCGCCACGCCAGAUAUCGGCCCGACGGCGCAAAACCCCAUGGGCAACUUUCUUAUGAACGAGUACGAGGAGAGACCGGACAGGCCCUCCGGCUGCGACCCGGCCGACGUGCGGGACGAGAUCGAUGCGCAGUUUUAUCAAGGGCUGUACAGAGACCAGACGGACAUCUACGAGAAUGCCAAUGCGCAGAGGCAGUUCUAUCAGACGCCCGUGACCACCGUCUGCAACGACCAGCGGGCGUUCGGAGAAAUUGCAGGGGGUCUUCUGUGGGGAAGGGAGCGGGAGCCGGUGAGAUCAUGGUUGGCUGCGGCGUGCUUGGGGGGUCGGUAUCGCAGGGCACAGAAGCCGGACCAGGAGCCACCGGAACGUCGAUCGGCAAUACGUCAGGAGGCGGUGAGGGUACAUCUGUGCGUGAAGGAGCAACUGGCUGAGGCGCAAUGGGAACGGGUUCGGGGGCGGGUGCGAUCUGAGGUGCCGGAGCGAGCGGGGCCGGUGCUGGUUCAUCACAGGGAGCUUCUGGGGUCGGAGUCGGGGUCUGGGUCUCAGUCGGAAUCGGGGUUGGCGCUUCUGUGGGUGGUGGAGUCGGCGUCUCAGUGGGAGGCGGAGGUGGGGGGUCGGUCGGAGGUGGAGGCGGACUGGGUGUUUCGGUUGGAGGGGGGCUUGGAGGUAAAGUCAAGGGCGGAGGAGGUGGUGGAUCUGUCGGAGCUGGCGUGA